AUGAAUAAAAAAUUAAGUUCAUUGAGCUUAGAAGAUGGUAAAACUCAAUAUAUUAGAAGAAGACAAAAAGAUAGUAUUACAUUUGAACAAAAUGAUUUAGAUCCAAAUAGAAACAAUGAUUAUUUAAUUAAUAAUAAUAUGUUAAUACCAGAAAAAUUAAUAAAUGAUCAACCUCCAAAAAAAAGAGGUCGAAAACGAAAAAAUUUUAAUUUAUUAAAUCCAAAUAUACCUUUAAGAAGUAAUAAUAUCAAAAUUGAUAGAAUAUGUGAAUAUUUAUCUUAUAAUACAAAUACAAUCUGGAAAUAUAUGGGUUCAACUGUAAAAUUUCGAUUAAUAAAUGAUCAACAAGAAAAAUAUAUUUUUUUAAAGAAUAUGAAAAAACACAUUAUAUUUGAAAUUAUUAAAAUAGCAAUGUUUGCAUUACUAAAAAUUAAUAUAAAUGAUAAUAAUAUUUAUGCACUAAAUGAUAUAGCUAAUAAAAAAAAUGAUAAUAAUAAAAUUUGCAAAAAUGAAAACGUUAUUAUUGAUUCAAUUGAAGAAAAUGAUAAUAAAGUAAUUCAAAAUAAAAAUAAUAACAACGAUUGUAAUAAUAAUAAAAAUAAUAUAAAUAGGGAAUCUCCUGAAACAUCUGUGUCUGAUAUUCCCAAGAUCUACAUCAAUAAUGUUUCGAAUAAUCCCAGAAAAAAUAGCACAGGCAGUAAUGAAAAUAACAUCGAGAAUAGUGAUGAGCAAAUAGUGAGAAGUAAUAGUGUUGAGAAUAUUGUGAUGGCUUUUGGAGAUAUAAAUUAUAAUAAUUCUAAACAAGAAAUAAUUAACAGAUUGGAGGACAAAAAUGAUAUAUUAAAUCAAGGUGUAACAGUAUCGGAAAUCCUUGAUUUUGUAAAAGAAAAAUAUGAAAAGUAUUAUGAAAAUGUUAAACAAUAUAUUGUAACAACAUUGAAUAUUUAUUGUGCUUUAAAUAUGUUUAAAUUAAUUAGAAGAGGCAGAUAUACUAUUUGUAAAUAUGUUAAUUUUAAUAUAUUUAAAAUCAAAUAUUUCAAAAAAUAUUAUAAAUUCUUUUAUACAUUAAAGGGUGAAGAAGAAGUAUUGACGAACGUCAAAAAUUAUUUAAAAUCAUUUUAUUACGAUAAAACGAAAAGUGAACUUAUCGGAAAUUCAGGCAAUUCCAGAUCAAGGGCAAAUUCUUGUAAUAAAAAUUCAAAUGAAAUUAAUUGGAAUGGCCAAGUACCUAUUAAAAAAACACGAAAAAGACGAACUAAAAGUCAGAUAUUAGCUAAUAAUGAAAUUCCAUUAAAAAAGGAAUCUAUUGAUCAAAGUACUACUUUAAUUGAUUCAAAAGAAUCGGUUCAAAAUGUUAAAGAAGAGGCACCUUCAGGUGAUACUAUCCCUGUUCCAGACUCUAUCGAUACAAAAAAGGAAAUUCAAAUUAAUGAAAAUAUAAAUAACGCUACCCCUAUUAUCAACGAAGACCCUACAGGGCCCAUCAAAAAUACGAAUACAGUUGAAGCGGAUUCUGCAAAUCAACCACAAGUAACAAAUGAAAAUGAUAUAACCAAAGAAGCCUGUGGGGAAAAGGAAGAAAAGGAAGUAAAGGUGCCUAAAAAAACUCGAGCAACAAGAGGAUCCAGAAACUCUAGAAACAGCGGUGCUAACAAAAUUAAGCAUAUUAAUAUUAAUUUAAAAAAUGUGAAUAUAAAAUGUAUUAGGGUAGCAUACGGAAUAAAACAUUUUUUUUGUUCUUAUGAUACAAAUGAAAAGAGUUAUGAUGAUUUUGAAAUAAUAAAUAUUUCGAAAAAAUAUGGCACUUUAAGAAAUAGUAUUGUAAAUAUGAAUUUAAGAUAUAAUUUUUUAUACAAUUCCAAAAGAUUAUUAAAUAAUUAUAUGGCCAAUAAUACUAAUGCUAAUAAUAACACGUCAAGCAUGGUACUAAGUAAUAAUAAUAACAAUAUGAAUUUAAAUAGAGAUAAUCCAAAAUUAAAACAUUUACACUAUGGAAAAAAAAAAAAAAGUAUUUGUGAAAAUGAUUCAACUAAACAUGAAAAAUAUAAUUAUCUUAAUUUUAAUAUAAGUUAUAAAACAUUACGAAAAAAAUUAAUGUGUCUAAGACAUGUAAAUGCAAGCAAAAGAGAAGAAAGAGUACAUCGACCAAGGAAUGAAUUAAAACAACCAAAAGAAAAAGCGUUAACUAUAAAUGAUGACAAUUUAGUACAAACAUAUUCAAUAAAUUCUAAUUUUUCUAAUAUUGUUAGUGUCGACGGAUUAUCAUCCAUGAACUUUGAAAGUGUAUGUUCACAAAAAAGCCAAUAA